AUGCAAUUCAGCCCCACCCAGGGGCAGCAGCCCGACUGCCCCGUGCACCCGGAGAAGCUCCACUUGGCUCUCAGGCUGGUUGACAGGAGGGUACAGUCCAUGGCCAGACACCUGGAGGAAGUCCUGAUACCGCCGAGUGUGUCGACAUCUGCCACGAGCCAGUUCUCCUCUUCCUCUAGGGAACCCACCACCUCUGCCCUCCGGAGUCCCAGCUCCUUCUCCCUGAGAGAAGCCGCCAUGAGGCAAUCAGAGCCCCUCCGCCACACGGGGGAGAUCAUGCCUGUCGGGGGCUGGGAAGGAUCCGCUCAUCCCAUCCAAGCCCAGCCUCUCCCCAGGCCUCCUGCCCACAGCAGACAAGACCGGCGAGAGCAGACCAUGGGUCUGGACCAGACGUCAGUCCGUGGCUUAGACUUCAACAUCCGCCAGAAGCAUCUGCAGAGUCAACUGGGGGCUCCUACCCCAUACACAGAGUCGCUGGCCAAGAUGAUCCCUAACGUCCCUGCUCUGCGCCCACCGGACAGAGACCCCAGGGUGAAGCUCAACAUGAGCAGGGUCCGUUUCCUAAGCUGUGAAGUCCUGGAGGAGCUGGACUGUCACGUGCAGACAAAGAGACUCCAGCAUGAGCAGGGCUUACCCCUCACCCCCCAGAAACCCCACACAGCUCUUCUGCCUCCAGCUCCACAAACCCCCAUCCCGGGGGAGCCAUUGCUGGGUGAGCGGGACACCAAGCAGCUAUUGAUAUUAGACACAGAUGGGCCCAAGUGUGGAUUUCCAGCAGAGGUCCCGGAGCCCCUCACAUCCAACACCAGCCCUCAGCGUGCACAGGCGAUCCAGGAGCCACGUGUCUGCCCCUGGGGAGCCCUGCCUCAAAAGGCCCACAGGAUCAUGGCAUCCCCUGAUGCCAUCCCGGCCAGGCUUGUGCUGGUCAAGCUGCAGGAUCACAUUGCUCGGAAAUGCUCAGAGAUCCAAAUGGAGGCGUUCCCAAAGAUGGCUGCACACGACCUGCAGCUGAAGCACCUGAUGGAAAUGUUGAGCAGCUCCCGCCCCUUGGCGGGCCAGGUCUCAGUCUGCCAGCAGUGCCGUAAGACAUAUCCAGGAAAGAGGAAGGGUAAGAAAACUCAGGAGGAGACAUCUGCUGAGCUGCAUGGUCUUCGAGACGACAUGGAUCCACAUGGGCUCGAUGGAACUCUCGACGAUGCCUUUAUCAAGGCCUUUGAGAACCAACCACACAAACACAACUCCAGUUCCUCAGCGGCCACCACCACACCAAGCCCUGAGAAAACUGUGUGCGCGAAAAUGCCCAUACUCACAAACCCGGAGCACGCGCUCUAG